AUGGUCCAGUACUCGGUCCCGACCAACUACACCUUCUCCCCGUCUUCUGCCACCCCUCACCUCACCAUCAAUCACGAUGUCGUUGCCGAUCUAGACUCCAGCAACGCUUUUGAGGGGCCCGAGAAGCUUCUCGAGGUUUGGUUUGCGCCCAGCGCCGAUGCUCUGCCCAUCAAUGCCUCCCCGCUCGGCCUCAAGGCUGUCAACAAGGAGACCUGGGAGUCCAUGCUCGACAUGGUUCACUGCAAAGUCCUCUCCGUCCUCGAGUCCGACACGGUCGACGCCUACCUUCUCUCCGAAUCGAGCAUGUUUGUCUUCCCCCACAAGCUGAUCCUCAAGACAUGCGGUACCACUACGCUUCUUCUUGGUCUCCAGCGCCUGCUUCAUAUUGCUGCCGUCAAUGCGGGCUUCCCCUUUAGCAACGCCAGCUCGGUCGACAAUAUUCGCGCCGCUGCCACCCCGUACCGCGUCUUUUAUAGCCGCAAGAACUUCCUCUUCCCCGACAAGCAGCGCGGUCCCCACCGCAGCUGGAAGCAGGAAGUCAAGUACCUCGACGACAUGCUCAGCCACGGAAGCGCGUACAUGGUUGGCAAGAUGAAUGGUGAUCAUUGGUACCUUUAUCUCACUCCUCCCAACCAGGAGCUCACCCCGCCCAUUACCCCUCAGUCGGAGACCCAUGAGAAGGUUAUUGAGGCCAAUGGCAACGAACUUGGCGUUGUCGAGUCGAGCGGCGACGAAAAUGUCGACGAGACCUUGGAAAUUCUCAUGACGGACCUUGAUCCCGAGAACGCAAAGCAGUUCUUCCUUUCGCACGCGAGUGCGGUCGCUUGCGAUAGGAUGGCUGCUGAGAACAAGGCCUGCUGCUCAACCACCAACGGAGAUGCGUCUGAGCUGCUGGACGAAGUCGAUGUGUUUAGCAACGGCAGCGACUCUGACUUGCACGAUGACAUCAAGGCACUCAAGAUUGACGAGUCCCUCACCACCGAGGGUCAUGCCCUUGGCACCGUCAUCUCUGAAAACUGCGGAUUGGCCAACGUCUAUCCCACCUCGGUCUAUCCCGAUGCCCGCAUUGACGCCUACCUCUUUAGUCCCUGCGGAUUUUCCGCCAAUGGCGUCGUGCCCGCUCCCCUCAAUGCGGACGGCGAGAGCAAGGCGUGCCACUACUUUACCGUGCACGUCACCCCCGAGGAUGGCUUCUCCUUUGCGUCUUUUGAGACCAACGUGCCCGGCGGACAGAAUGGCCGCGCCACGGCCGAAAUUAUCGAGCAUGUAGUGGACAUUUUCAAGCCCGGUCGCUUCAGCGUCACCCUCUUUGAGGCCAAGGGCCGUCGCGCCAACCCCUACGGCGCCGGCGCGGACCAGAUUCGCGGCCUCGCGGGCAAGCGUCUCGCCGAUCCCGUGCCCGGGUACAAGCGUGUUGAUCGCAUCGUGCAUGACCUGGACGACUACAAUCUUGUUUUCCGUUUCUUUGAAAAGGACGGCUUCAACGGGCCCAAGGGCGCUCGUGUUGGAGAGGAGGAGUAA